AUGCGUGCCCACCUCACAUUGACAGCGGCAGCUCUCUUCCUGAGCCUGACGAGAGCCAUCCCAACCAACCAACACACCAACCACCAAUCCAGCCAACAAUCCCACCAUGUCGUUGCCAAACCCAACAUAAACACCCCCAAAUACAUAAACUGGCGCAACCACACCGGCUACGGCGUAAACCUAGGCGGCUGGCUAAUCCAAGAAUCAACAAUCGACACAACAUGGUGGAAGACCAACGCCGGCAACGCCAGCGACGAAUGGACAAUGUGCGAAAACCUCGGAUCAAAAUGCGGCCCCAUCCUCGAGCAGCGCUACAAAACCUGGAUAAAAACCACAGACAUCGACACCCUCGCCUCGGCAGGCGUAACAAUCCUCCGCAUCCCCACAACAUACGCAGCUUGGAUCCAUCUCCCCGGUUCAGCACAUUACCACGGCCAUCAACAAGCCCAUCUACGCCGGAUAGCCGAGUACGCCAUCAAACAGCAUGGCAUGCAUGUCGUUAUUGAUAUCCACUCUCUACCCGGCGGGACGAAUGGUCUUGAUAUCGGCGAGGCUGUUGGUCAUUGGGGGUGGUAUAACAAUGCCACCGCACUGGAGUGGUCGUUGCGGGCUGUCGAUGCAGUUGUGGAGUUUAUUGUGGACUCUGAUGUCCCGUGGGGAUAUACGCUUGAACCCAUUAAUGAGCCGGUGGAUAAUCGGGAUUUUUCGACGUUUGGGACGCCUGCUGCUUUGAGUGAUGCUGGUGCGAAGUGGUUGGUCAAGUAUAUUCGCGCUGUUAUUGCUAGAGUUGAGGCUGUUGAUCGGAGGAUUCCCGUUAUGGUCCAGGGAAGUUUCAAGCCGGAACGGUAUUGGAGUCCUUUCUUUGAGGGUGGGGCUAAUGUUGUUUUUGAUGCGCAUCAUUAUUAUUUCCAGUAUGAGAAUGCUACGAGUGCGAAUAUUGGGCGGUUUGUUUGUGAUGAUGCGCGGGAUUCGUUGUCUGAUGGGAAAUUUCCGGUUUUUGUUGGGGAGUGGGCUAUUGAGGCUGGGGGUUCGAAUUCAUUGGAGUUGAGGGGGGAGGCGCUUAGAGCUGGCUUGUCGGCUUGGGCCCAAUUUACCCAGGGGAGUACGUUCUGGACGGCCAAGUUCCACAGUGAUGUUGAGGUGGCUGGCGGUGCUGGGAAGGGGAUUAAACAAGAUUAUUGGAAUUUCGAGGAGAUGAUUGCGGCUGGGUAUUUGGAUGGAGAGGUUCUGCAGAAGGACUAUUGUUGA